AUGUCGAGGUCUAGAAAGAUAUCGACCUUCUCGCCGGGUCAGAAUGCCCUAACCCUUUCGGGGAGGCGCAAAUCUACCCAGUAUCUGAUGAGACGACGUUCAGCGAGUGAAGUCGAGGAUGAACGAACUGAAAGCUUGCGUGCCGCGGGAAACGCUCUGUCUACUCACAAACUGGCUCUACCGUCCAUCUCUCACGUUCAAGCGCGCGGGUUCGAAGACCAGUGGUAUCAACCAGCCAACAUCCUCCAAGCCACAUCCACUGCUGAGCGUUUGCCUGCCCUGUCCCAACUUCAGACCUUCCCGUCUGUGGGUUCUUCUCCAAGAGGAAGCUCCAUCACUUCAGCAGAACCUGUUUGCGGUACCGACACUGCUACAUCCUACUCAUCCUCCUUCCACGGCGCAUACAGCACCGGACUCAAGACACCCUCCCCCGACCACACCCCCGCCUAUCGCAGAGAUAGUGUUCAAUCCGGACUGCACGGCCAAUCCAUUCCUAUCACGAGUUACGAUCACAACAGCACUUCUUGUAUCAGCAUGAACCAAACCCAGCCCUACAUGGACGUGAGCCAGAGCCACAUGUCUAGCAGCAUCCCUUCUUCGGCUCCCCCGCCAGGCCUCGGCCAUUAUGCCAACUACCACCAACCGCAGCCCAUGUCGAGCCAACCUCACCCGUACGGCUCAUCGCCUUCAUCUUACUCCCAGUACUACACCAAUGGCCUCGCCCCUCUCCACGCCCAUGCCUCGGCAGGUGGCUUGGGCUCUCAGAUGGUUCCUCAAUCGCAACUGCCCCUUCCUACACUCGCAAACAGCGUAUCACCCCAGUCGGCACAAGGCCAAUAUUCUGGUGCAUCAUUCGACACAACAGGACAAGUCGCACCNCCUGGCAUGAAGCCUAGAGUGACUGCCACGCUCUGGGAAGACGAGGGAAGCCUUUGCUUCCAAGUCGAGGCAAACGGCAUCUGCGUGGCCAGACGUGAAGACAACCACAUGAUCAACGGCACAAAACUGCUUAAUGUGGCUGGUAUGACGCGUGGUCGUCGCGAUGGUAUCCUCAAGAGCGAGAAGAACAGGCACGUGGUCAAGAUUGGCCCUAUGCAUCUGAAGGGGGUUUGGAUCCCCUUCGACCGUGCUCUGGAAUUCGCCAAUAAGGAGAAGAUUACCGAGAAGCUCUANCCCCUUUUCGUGCACAACAUCGGCGCACUGCUCUACCACCCUUCGAACAGCGCCAGCCGUACAAUCGGCGGUGCUACCUCGCUGGUCCCUGGUGAACGUAGACGUCCUGAUGAGUACAUGAGGGGGCCAGUGAGUCAGCCUCCUGCCAUGCCUCAUGCCCACUCUAUGGCCAUGCCUCAACCGCCGCAUUCCCUAGCUCCUCACCCGAAUGCUGGAAGACCCAACCUGGACAGAGCUCACACUUUCCCCACUCCUCCUACCAGCGCAUCUAGCAUGAUGGGCAUUGGCAGCUCGGAAGGUUCUUACCAGUGGAGCGCUCAACCUCCUUCGACUAUGCAGCAGCAACAACCCGCUCAACAAUCUCUGGCUAUCGACACCAACAUGAGCAACAGAUCCAACGAAAUGGCUCCUCCGGCUCGUGCUGGCGCAGACGCCGACCAUGCCGUCGACCAGAAGCCUCAGGAUGGUUACACCAAUCACUCUGGUGCCCACGACGAUGCCGAAGGUGAACAUGAGGGCGAAUACACACACGCUUCCGGGCCCUACGGUGGAAACCGCGCUUCGUACGCUUACGCCACACCUGCCACAACUACUUCCUUGCACAGCGAUCAGACACACAUGUCCUCGGACAUGACUGGCUCGCCUCAUCACAAGGCUUCUGGCGGUGCUACUCCUCGUACUACCAACAGUUACCACGCUGGAUACACCACGCCCCAACGCCCUCAACAGCUCCAGUCCAACCUGUUCAGUGUCAUGAGCGACAGCCGCGCUCCUAAUGGCUCUGAGAUGUACGGACAAGCCAACCAUGCCUACGGCUCUCAAGGAUACCAAGGUGUGAACGGCAUGCAGAAGCGUAUGCGUGAUGACGAUGCCGACGAUCGCUACAACGAAGACUCGGACGGUCUCAAGCGAAGAAAGACAGUACGCGAAGGCAGCGCAGGCAUUGGACGCCCUCGCUCCGUCCUCGCCGGGCAUCGAUAA